AUGGGCAUAACGCCCAUCCCGGCCCUCCUCGGCAUCCGCCAAGACUCUGGCAACGGCCUGCCCGAGGGCGCCUGCACCAAGGAUAUCCCUUGCGCCAACCAAGCGUGCUGCAACGGCGACACGGGCGUCUGCGGCUUCGACAAGGCCGACCACUGCGGGCCCGCGUGCACCUCAAAGUGCGAUUCGCGCGCCGAAUGCGGCCCGCACGCCGAGAUACCGGGCCAGGAAUGCCCCAUCCACGUGUGCUGCAGCAAGCACGGGUACUGCGGCACCGUCGAGGACUUUUGCGGCGACGGGUGCCAGAGCAACUGCGGCGAGCCGACCAAGACGAGUCCGCACACGACCGACGUGCGCGACCUGGUCAUUGGGUACGUGGAAGGAUGGGCGUUUACGCGCGAGGGGUGUGCAGGCCGCGACGUGUACAAGGAUCUGCACAUCGACUCGGUGACGCACUUGUUUGUGUCGUUUGGCUACAUCAAGCCGGACUCGUUCGAGGUGUACCCGAUGCAGGGCGUGACCGACGAGAACAUCCUGGCCAUGACGGGCUUCAAGGAGCGCGCGCCGGGGCUCAAGGUGUGGAUCGCGCUGGGCGGGUGGUCGUUUAGCGACAACGGCACCGACACGCAGGCCGUGUGGGCGGACCUGGCCAGCACGGCAGAGAAGCGCAUGAAGUUCUUGGUGCAGCUGGAGAAGUUUAUGGUGUACUACGGCUUCGACGGCGUCGACUACGACUGGGAGUACCCGGGCGCGGGCGACCGCGGCGGCAACAAGGAGGACGGGAAAAACUACGUCGAGCUGGUCAAGGCGACGCGCGCCUACUUCAAGGACAACGCGCGGGGCUGGGGCAUCUCGUUCACGGCACCGUCGUCGUACUGGUACCUGCGCCAUUUUGAGAUUGGGGCCAUGAUGGAGCACGUCGACUUUGUCAACCUCAUGACGUACGACUUGUUCGGGAGCUGGGAUGACCAGUCCGACUGGAUCGGCCCGCACGUGUACGGACACACCAACUUGACCGUCAUCAAGAACGCGCUGAGUCUUCUCUGGCGCAACGGCGUGCCGGCCAACCAGGUCAACUUGGGACUGGGCUUCUAUGGGAGGACCUACACUCUCGAGGACCCCUCGUGCGACCGCCCCGGCUGCGGCUUCUCGGGACCAGGCAACAAGGGCUUCUGUUCGGGCGAGGCCGGCUACAUGAGCUACCAGGACAUUGAGCGCGUCCUUAAGAUGUCGCACAACCCCGUCGUGACAGACGAGAAGGAGACGGUCAACUACUUUCGGUACGACGACGACCAGUGGGUCUCGUACGACGACGAGAACACGAUCAAAGCGAAGGUUGAGUUUGCCAACGAGCAGGGGCUGCGCGGCCUGUUCAUCUGGGCCGUGACCCAAGACACGGCAGGUCGGCUGCUGGACGCCGUGCUGCAGCCCGACGGGCUGGGCAAGUUCAAGGAGCGGAACGGCGUACAGUCCGAGGUCGAUCCUUGGGAGACGCGGCUGGGCGACAAGUGCGCCUUUUCCGACUGCGGCGAGGACUGUCCCAACGGCCACAUUGAGCUGACGAGCAUACGGUGCGAGAAGGAGGGGGACAGUUCGAGCCCGCGCAAGAAGCUCUGCUGCCCCUUUGGCAGCGCCCCCGACCCCCAGCACUGCAAGUGGCGCGCCAACAAGAACGGCAUCUACUGCGGCAACAAGCCGGUGGGCUCGUCGCCGAGCCGCGGAAACGCUCUCAAGUGCGAGGACGGCGAGCAGAAAGUGGCGAGCGACAAGUGGUUCGUCAACGAUCAGGGCGACGACGAGAUGUGCUCGUACACCGAGGCCGACUAUUGCUGCGACGAGUACAACGAAGACGUCUGCGCUUGGAGCAACACGUGCACGGCACCCGGCGACAGCGAGAUUAGCUGCCCACGGUCCGGCAUGCAGCCACUCUUGACCGAGAACUUCAAGGGCAUUGCGAUCGGGGGCUGCGAUGUCACGACAGAAGUCCAGUCGUGGGAUGUCCUUUGCUGCGAGGCUUCUCUCCAGCCCGAGUGCCGUUGGGUGGCGGACAUGGACCCCGAAAAGCACUGCGCGGCCGAGUGCUCAUCCGACGAGGUCAACUAUGGGCGUCACGAUUACGGCGGCGGCGAGGACUGCGAGGACAAGCGGUGGCCCCGAAACGGCUUCUACCAGUUUGGCGAGAACAAGGAUGCCCAGCACGGCCGUCUCCUGUGCUGCAAGAAGAACUCGGUCCGCGUCAAGCACAAGAAUCUGCCCGUUCCGCUGGACCAUCUGUUCGACACCAAGAUCGAGGACACAGACGAGCAGACGUUCGACAUUGACGUCGACUACGACGGCAAGUCCGACAGCAGCCACCCCAACGACGGCAGCUUCGGCUGGCACAUCAUGUCGGGCCCCCCCGAUCAGCACGCCAGCCUGAACCGCCGCGACGGGUCCGACUGGGCCGUGUAUGACUGCGACGAGACCAUGCACGAGGGCCGCCAGUCUGCGCGCAUCGUGUGCACAAAGGAAAAGGACCACAACUGCGACCGGCUGUUCCUGGGCGGAGCCAAAGACACGGUUGUCGACAUGCCUUCUCACUGUGGGCCUGGAAAGUACGCCCUCGUCGUCAGUGUCGAGCCCAUGCAUGAUGCCCACGAAGACGAUGUUCUGGCUCGGGCCCCUCAUCUCAAGCGGCGUGUGCCCCCCAGCUCGCGAGUCUUCAAUCUCACGUUUGACUAUGGCUUCCACCGCCUCCAAGGCCGUGCCGACAACAAGAUGAAGAUCCGCAUCGACUACAGCAACGCCAAGGGCUACUGGGAUGAUGUCGUGGCCGCCGCGCCGAGCUCCAGCUCCAACAACAAGUUUCGCCGCACCGUCCCUGACGGCCAAGACGUCCACCACAUAGUCCAGCGCGACUACAAGGGCGACUACAAGCGCUUCCUCGACCACUCGUACCGGCUCGACAGACGCCACACGCCCGACGACCAGCUGCAUGAGCUUCACGAACGCUGGUUCGGCCUCGAUGUGCCCGACUGGGUCAGCCGCCUGACCAAAGUCAACAAGAACGUCGAUCUGCUCGACCAACGCGUGAGCAAGACGUUUGUGUACAAGAUCGUGGACGAAAAACGCACAUGUCCUACGGGCGAGUUCGCCGCCGACGUGCACGCGCGCAUUUCUGCCGACGUGCAGACAUCGGGGGUCUUGACGCUCAUUGGAGACCUGGCCAACAUGAAGGAGUUUCGGCACUCGUACAUCAACUUCCGCAACAAGGGCGAGAUCCAGGCCUCGCUCGUGUUCCACGCCCACGGCGAGCUGCGGCUGCCGUACAUGGAGGACACGAUCCUGGGCAUCGCGCCGCUCGGGGCCAGCUUCAAGAUCCCCGGCAUCGUGACCAUCGGGCCCGAGUUCAAGCUGGUCGCGUCGGUCGAGGGCAGGGUGGCUGUCGAUGCGGAUGCGCGCGUCGAUUUCGACGUGGCCAAGUGGGAUUAUUCGCAGCGCUACCCGGCCGAUAACGAGGCGCAUAUUGAUCCCGACAAGGACGAGCCGGACACACCCACGUUUGCGACGUCAAACAAACAGGGGAAUGAGACUAUCAAGUUCAACUGGCAGGUGACGGCCGAGGGCAUCAUUGAGAUGCACCUGAUCCCGCUGGUGUCUUUCGGCAUCGUGUUCAACCCCAAGUGGGAGGUGCCGAGCACCGCGGCCGAGCUGGGCGUUGACACGUACCUCAGGGUACAUGGCGAUGCAGCCGUGGGUGGCGCCCAGGACUUUCAGGCGUGUUUGGCAAGUGAGGCGGGCUAUGAGCUGUAUGCGAGGAUCACUGCACCGACGCUGUUUGGGGUGGACCUGAACAGGAGGUGGUCGCUGUAUGAUGACGAGGUGAGCAUUUUCAGGAGCCCGGGUUGCCCGAACCUUGAGUCUGCAGCCAGGAUCCGCCGGGGUCAGGACAUGUUGUUGGUUGCUCCAAGAGCAGAGGUCAAUCCGGUUGUCGACGGUGGAUCUAAGCUCUAUGGAAUAUACUAG